AUGGCGGUCACCGCCGGCUGUUCCGACGGUUCGAUUCCCAUCUCGGAAGCGCGACGUCACGCGGCGGCGCCGGCACGGGCGCCCAAUCUCCGGUUCCCCGUCACGCCCCCGCCCAGUCGUGCAGCCUCGAAGUUGCCGCCGACUAGCCAUGACGACGCGGCGGCCCGCGAGAUCCCGGUUGCUGUCGCCCUGCUACUCGCCGCCGCGGCCGCGAACGCGGCCAUCCCGCCCACCGCGAUCGCUGCGUCCGGCGGCUCCAUGGGCGGGCGCUCCUCCUCCUCCUCCUCGUCCUCGAGCUCCUCUUCUUCAACAUCCAGCAGCUCCUCCUCCUGGUCCUCCUCAACAUCCUCCAGCUCGUCCUCCUCAGGACCAUCUUGGUACGAUUCUUCGACGACUCACGAGUCGGUCGGGACGGCGGCCGCACCACCCCGGGCUGCUGCGGACGUUGACCCCGCCGUACUCGUGCAAGCGUGGCUGAUGCUCAUCGGCCUCAUUCUCCUGGCCGUCGCCGUGUGGCACUACACCCGGCCGAGGAGAACCGUGGUCAAGCUCCAGGUUGCGUUGCUGGGCUUGGCAAAGCCGUUUCAGAAGGAACUGAACGAGAUCGCUGAGAAGGUGGAGGCUUCGAACCAGCGUUGGUAUAAGUUCAUAUUGACGGAGACCAUAUGUGCCUUAAACCGUCACAAUGAUUGUUGCGUCUCUUCAAGCUUAUCGGCUGAUGUCAAAGUUGGAGCGGAUUCUUGGGAGGAGCAUUUUGAUAAAAUUUCUCUGGAGGAGAGGAGCAAAUUUGAUGAAGAAACACUUUACAACUUGGACGGAAUCAAGGGGAAGAAAGUAUACUCCAAAAAACCAGAUGGCUUCAGCAACGAAUAUAUUGUGGUAACCAUCCUAGUGGCUGCUGAUGGAGCACUGAAGUUCCCAAAAAUCAAAAGACCCGCUGAUCUGGUGGCAGUACUGGAAAAACUUAAUUCUAUAUCUGCAAGCAAAAUGCGGGGCGUUAAUGUUUUAUGGACUCCUCAAGAAGAGAACGACGUUCUUUCCGAAGAGAGGCUUCUUGCAGAUUAUCCUAAUCUGAAGGCCCUGAGUGAUUACUAG